AUGCCGACAAAGACCCCCUCGCCGGCCGAUUUCCCCCCAAACCUGACAGUGACAGUCACCGAAGCCCCCUCCUCGUCGCCAGGCUCUGGCCCAGCUCCCAACAUCCUCCUCCUACUGCACGGUCUGGGCGACACUGCCGCAGGCUUUACUGCAUUCGCGCGGGCCCUACAGCUCCCCGAAACCACGAUCGUCACGCUGCAGGCGCCGACGCCACUCCCCUUCGACCUCGGCGGAUUCCACUGGGGCGACGAUGUCUCGUUUGAUUCUGCGUCGGGCGGGCUCGACAUGGACGCCGGGUUCACGCGCAGCACGCGCAUCCUCGUCUCGAAUAUUAUACGCGACACCCUCCUCGCCAAAUGCGGGUAUCAGUUGCGAGAGAUUCUGCUGCUGGGAUUCGGCCAGGGCGGCAUGGCUGCCCUGAUGGCCGCAAGAGAGCUGGACAAGACCUCUAAGAUUGCCGAAGUCGAUGAAUCUUCUUCUUCUUCUUCUACAGAGCUUACGGGUUCUCUCUCCGGGGUGAUCUCUAUCGGAGCUCCGUAUCCGCUGUCGGCGAGUACGCUCGGAUCGAAGAAUCGCACGCCUGUCCUCCUUGUGGGCGGGAGGGAGUCGACCGCCGUGACGGAUACCGCGGUCCAGCGCACAAAGGAGGCUUUUGAGUUCGUAGAGCUGCACCGGUACGCUCGACGCGGGGAUGGAAUGCCCCGGAAUAGAGACGAGAUGAUGCCCGUCAUGCAAUUCUUUGCGCGGCGGCUACGAAGUAGACAGGGCGUGCCGGCGGGUAGUAUCGAGAUUACAUGA